AUGAUUCACCUCCAUACAUUUACAUAUACUGUAUUAUUAUUAUUAUUAUUAUUGUAUUUGACAGCUGCCCCCCGCAUCUCAUGUCCUCCUGGAUGGUUUUUCUACAAGUCACACUGCUACGGCUAUUUCCGCUUCCGUCUGCAAUGGUCUGAAGCAGAGUUUGAGUGUGUCAGCUAUGGACAUGGUGCACAUUUAGCCUCCAUCUUGGAUGACUCCGAGGCAUCGAUUAUUGCAAGUCAUGUGGCUGCUUACCAAUCCUCUGCAGAUGUCUGGAUUGGACUUCAUGACCCUGAACAGAACCGCCGCUGGAAAUGGAAUGAUGGGUCAAUGUAUAAUUAUCGUUCCUGGAAGAAUGGUGAACCCAAUAACCUAAAUAAUAUUGAAAACUGUGGGGAGCUAACUACUGAAACCAAGUUUAAGCAAUGGAACGAUGCUCCGUGUAAAGAGGAAAACCACUUUGUGUGCAAAUUCAAACCGUAAGAACAUGAUCCAAGUCCGGGAUAUACCGGGAGGCGGGUCACAAUAUGUACUUUAUACUGCACGCUGGAAAUCUGAAUAAAUCUCUC